AAAAGAGAGGGGCGGGACAGACCGAGACAGAGGAGGCGAGGCUGGGAGACAGAGCUGCUCAUUACCCUGAGCUGGGACUGCAUGUUGUCUCUGUAGCCAGUGGACCUCUCGUGUAGUGAGUUGGCAAGCCAGUCGGCAGGGAUGGCUGAUCCAGUGACCCUGGUGGAGUCUGCUGCCUCUCCGGUCGUCGCGGCGACCCACGCUGUCAUUGCUGGGGAAAUGCAGGAUGGUAAAACCCAGUCAGGCAACAAGAACGGGAAGAAAGCCGACUCCGGUUCCAGCGGCAGCUUCUUCACCUGGUUCAUCGUCCUGGCCCUGCUGGGCGUCUGGACGUCUGUAGCUGUGGUCUACUUCGACCUGGUCGACUACCAGGGAGUCCUUGACAAGGCUAAGGGCUUACAAAUUAACCUGUCUGACGCCUUGCAAGGUAAACUGGUGGCAUACGAUACAGAUGGCGAUGGUGAUUUUGAUGUGGAAGAUGCUAAAGUUCUGUUAGGACUGAAAGAGAAAGCCGUUGUCAUCACCUCCCGUAGUGAAGAAGCUGCUGCCCCAGUGGAGACUCCUGAACCCACACCAGAGGCUGUGGUUGAGCCUGACCCUGUGCCUGUGGAGGAGGUGAUAGAAGCUGCUGUAGCUGAGGAAGCUUCUGCUCCACCACCAGAGCCUGAACCGGAGGUCGCUGCUGAGCCUGAGGAGGUUGCGUCUGAGCCUGAACCAGAGCCUGAAGCCGAGCCUGUGGAGACUCCUGAGGUGAUUGAGGACGAUCCAGAGGUGCUGGAGGAGGAGCCUCCUGUUGCAGAGGAGGAGGAUGCCCCUGUGGAGGAGGCUCCAGUAGAAGAGGCUGCUCCAGCUGAGGAGGUUGCAGAGGCGGAGGAGGUAGCUGAAGAGGCUGUGGAGGAGGAGAUAGCUGAAGAGGCUGUGGAGGAACCUGAGUCUGCUGAAGAGGCUCUGGAGGAGGCAGUUGCUGAAGAGGCUGUGGACGAACCUGAGGCUGCUGAAGAGGCUGUGGAGGCGGUGGCUGAGACUGUAGAGGAAGAAAAUGCUCCUACUGAAGAAGCUGUGGAGGACCUAGCUAAAGAACAGGAGGCUCCUGUCACAGAUGAAUCAGUUGAGGAGGCUGUUGAAGAAGAGGCAGCUCCUUCAGAAGACGCUGUCGAGGAGGUAGUGGACGAAGAGGAGGCAGCACCUGCUGAGGAAGCUGUUGAGGAAGUAGCAGAGGAAGAGCCAGUGGAGGAGGCAGCUCCCAUAGAAGAAGCUGCUGAGGAGCCCGUUGAAGAGGAGGCAGCUCCUACAGAAGAAGAUAUUGAGGAGCCCGUUGAAGAGGAGGCAGCUCCUACAGAAGAAGAUAUUGAGGAGCCUGUUGAAGAGGAGGAAGCUCCUACAGAAGAAGAUAUUGAGGAGCCUGUUGAAGAGGAGGCAGCUCCUUCAGAAGAAGCAGUGGAGGAGCCCGUUGAAGAGGAGGAAGCUCCUUCAGAAGAAGCAGUGGAGGAGCCCGUUGAAGAGGAGGUAGCUCCUUCAGAAGAAGCAGUGGAGGAGCCUGUUGAAGAGGAGGAAGCUCCUUCAGAAGAAGCAGUGGAGGAGCCCGUUGAAGAGGAGGAAGCGCCUGCAGAAGAAGCAGUGGAGGAGCCCGUUGAAGAGGAGGAAGCUCCUUCAGAAGAAGCAGUGGAGGAGCCCAUUGAAGAGGAGGAAGCUCCUUCAGAAGAAGAUGUUGAGGAACCAGUUGCAGAGGAAGCAGAAGAGGUGGAGGAGCAAACAGUCCCAGAGACAGAAGAAGUUGCACAAGAGGUAGAGGAGACAGCAGAAGAAGCAGAGUUUGUUGAGGCAGAGUUUGUUGAGACAGAGGAACAGAUUCUGGAUGAGCCCACAGAAACGUAGAGGCUGCUGCUGUCGCCGUGGUGACGGAGCAGUGGACCCGGUGACACUGCAUCAGCACCAUCCGGGUGCGCUCAAUGAUGCGUUUUUCUGCCUCCAGAGAAACGAUUGAGUCGUUGUGACCCCCCCCCCCCCACACACACACAUCUCGCCCCUCCCUCUGUUUUCACACAUUUCUUUUUCCUUUUACCUUCUGAGUGUGACACAGUGGCUGAAAACUCUUUACUAAUAUGGUACUCCUAUUUUUCCCUUCUUUAUUCCUUUUUUCUUCUUCUCUGGUAGAGCACCCAUUUCCAUUUUUGUUCAGGGUGGUUUAGUUUUGUGCGUGCUUGAGUGAUGGGGGUGUGUGUGUGCGUGUGUGUGUGUGUGUGUGUGUGUAUUCAAAUGUCCAGGCCAUGUGACAUCUAUGUGCUCUGUUUGUACAGCAGGUCUACCAGAGUCUUGAGCUGUAACACUUUGCAAUCUCUCUGACAUAGUUUGGCUUCUUGGAUCCAAAUACUCUUUGUCGAUGAAACCAGUCUUCUGUCUUUCGCUUUCUGAGUCCGGGUCUUUUGAUCCUCUCCCCCUCUCUGUCGCCAUGAACAUUCUAAACAUUGCUUCUGAUCCCUGUUGUAGAUUCUAUGCAAAGCUGUCGUGCCGUCUGUCACCCACCUUCCCUCCUCACCUAGCCAGUUUAUUUACCACUCAGUAUGCGUCGACUCCAGGAUGAGCCAUAUGCUAGCACAUGAACUUGGAGAGAAAGUGUGUGUGUGUGUGUGUGUGUGUGUGUGUGUGUGUGUGUGUGUGUGUGUGUGUGUGUGUGUGUGUGUGUGUGUGUGUGUGUGUGUGUGUGUGUGUGUGUGUGUGUGUGUGUGUGUGUGUGUGUGUGUGUGUGUGUGUGUGUGUGUGUGUGUGUUCCUUUUGAUGAGUGUGUUGUCAAAUCUCUUGCAAAUCAAUCCUUUCUGUGAGAAGUGUCAUGAUGUAGUUAUGAAGAUUUUUUUCUCCCUCCUGUUUGUUUUCUAAUUACACCUACAAGUGUGUAUGUGUAUGUGUGGUCUGUAUAGUUUUUUUUUUUCCUUUCAUAUUUCAAUCAUGAAUACCGGGAGCAUCUAACCAGACGAUCAAAUUUGAAGUUUUUUAACUUCAGCUCUCUGAGUUUGAACUGUGAUGUAACGUAGGACACUGUUGAUGCUGUCGUAGUUGUCACACAGCGACAAAUACACUAGUGAUAUACGUGGAGGCGCGUUUAGGCAGGGUGGUCCGACUGACGCUUUCCCAACCCUGUGUGAGCCAGAAACCAUUUUGUGUGUGACAGUAGCUUCAGUGUAAAAUAUGUUCUGUCUGGCUCACAAAGGGUUAAAUAGAGUCAGGCACCGUGUUCCUGUGGAGGUCCAGUCAUCGCUAGUCAAACGAACCAACAUCUUUUCUCAUUCUCCUCCAGUGGCUCGUUUGGUUUAGGGGAAACUUGAUCACAGUUCUCUUUCUGUGUAACAUCAGAAAUUGUCUGUGUUUUUUUUUUUUUUAAUUGGCUCCUCCAGUCCAAAAAGAUCCGAGCACAAAAAAAUCAUCUUGCGAACUUUCAGUGUCUUAUUUUGGAGACAAUGACCAGAUGCUGGUAAACAUCCUAUUCGUGUCUGUCCUGUUCUAAUUGUCCACCCCUGUUUGGAGAAGACGGGACUGCGAGUGUCGUUGGUGUUGGGACGUGCAACGUGUCUCCGUCGGGACACUGACUGCGACUGUCGAGCUGAAUUAUUGCAACACAACACUACGGCGGGAGGAGAUGAACAUUAGAGAAACAUUCCUCAUUGUUUGAAUAAGUUCUUUGAUUUUGGUGUGACAGUCCCACGUCUUGUGUCCAGUCCUCACAUGCUGUGACUAGCAGGCUGUUUUCAGGGAUGCAGCCCCAUCCCAGUAGCUGUUUGUGUGUAACACUAGCUGGUCUUUUCUACUUCCUCACACUUUGUAAGUCAAUGUGAACUGUAAAACCUUUGUAACAUUGAAGAUUGCGAUCUUUACCACGAGAGUGCUUCUAGAUUUUUAAAAGGAACAUUUUUAACAAGAGAACUUGGAGAAAUAAAGAGAACUUAAUAUUCUGAAAAUGCUUUAAAAAGGUUUUUUUUUUGUUUUGUUUUUUACAAAGCCAUAAGCUGUUUGUGGCAGGCAGGUCGACUUUAAGACACAAUGUUAUUGAAAUGUUUACAAGGAAGAGCAAUAAAAGUCAAACAUUCGAGGGACCACACUGCAGCACCCCAGUGAGAGAGGUUUCUGUUUUUCAUUAAUAAUCAUUGAUCAGAAAUCAUAUACAUGCUGCAAAGAGCUGCGACUCAGGGGGGCGGUUUUGUUUCCAACAUAGUUUUCUGUUGGUAAAAAGAGAAGAAAAAGAAACUGCCCCAUCUCUUUGCCUCACAGUGUUGUCCCUCGGUCUGAUGUCCUGUAGAUGAUGACCAUGGUGAUUAAAUUAUUGUCACAUACUGAUGACGACGGGCUGUUUUUAAAAGUGUCACAGUUUUCUGUAAAUGAUCUAUUUUGGGAGCUGCAAUAAAAGGUUUGGGACAACA